AUGAAUCGGCCAGCGCCCGAAGCCAGCACGGCCGAUUCCGAACCUCGCAAACGCCGUCGGCCGGCCAAGUCAUGCGAGCAGUGUCGCCAGCGCAAAGUCCGAUGCGAUCGCAAUGUCCCCUGUGGGCCCUGUAGGCGUUCGCGGUCCUCAGUGGACUGUUCAUAUCGGGAGAACCUCCGUUCCCCGAGUCCAGUCACGAUUGAGCAGGCGCCCCUGCAUGCGACGCAACACAGUACUUCGACUAUGAUGUAUCACCCGGGACUGAGGGAUACGGUAUAUGAAAUAGUUAGUACCCAGGAACCGGCGGCUUCUUCGCAACAUGGUUCAGUUCGUCAGCUGCAGGACCGGCUGCAACGUCUAGAGGCGCAGCUGGCGGACUCGGCUACUGGGUCGGAUCAAUCUCUGGAGCGAACCCUGCGAGAUCUGUGCUGUAAGGUGCAGGCAUUGGAGGAACGUCUGUCGUCGCAAUCCACGCAUCCAGCCCCGGGAAGGGAGCCAGAAAGAGAAGGGCAUGGAAGGCAGGAGCAGGCGCCAAUUAUGCCUUCGACACCUCUGCGGCUGGAUGCGAAAGUGAGAAAGAUGAAGCUGUUUGGCCCGACUCAUCAUGACCCGCAGUCUGCAUACCCGAAGCGUAAAGCUGAACUGGCGACGCUCAUCAAGGAGUGCCGAAACCUCCGCAAGUCAGUCAAAAAGAAACAGUCUCUGAAAUCGAAUGACCCUGUGUCCGACCUGCGCACUUCCAUACCCACACGAGAUGUGUGCGACGAAUUGGUGCGUUGUUACAUGGACACUUUCGAGCCUGUCUAUCGAAUCCUCCAUUUGCCAAGUUUUCAAACGGAGUAUCAACAAUUUUGGGAGGAACCUCCCGCCAAGGUUACGCCUUUCCUUGUCAAAUUGACCUUGGUACUCGCUAUAGGCACUACAUUCCAUCCACGGCGCAGUAAAGCAGGCAGUGAACAUGACUCGCAGUUGGUACAGUCCUGGAUAUACGCAGCUCAGUGGUGGCUCACUGGACCAACGGAACGAUUGACCUCGAGUCUAGAGGGUAUUCAGGCCGUUUGUCUGCUUCUUCUCGCCCGCCAGAUGGGAGACCUGGGGCCGUCUAUCUGGCUGUCACCAGGGUCUCUUCUGCAGGCGGCCACGGCCAUGGGCCUGCAUCUGGACUCGGCCAGAUUCCCCAGCCUGUCGCCCUUUAUGGCCGAAAUGCGUGCACGUCUAUGGACAACCGUCCUAGAGCUCACGAUCCAAUGCUCCCUGGACACUGCUGUACCACUGAUCAUCCCCGCUUUAUCUGACAGCAAAUCCCCUGGCAAUCUUAACGAUAAAGACCUUGACCCUGACAUGAAACAAGCGACCACCGCCCGACCCAUGUCCGAACUAACAGACUCCUCCAUCCAAUUGCUUCUUCAUGAAUCCUUCUCCCUCCGCGCUGAAGCUGUCAACCUCAUCCAUGACCGUUCGAAACUCACGUACACUAAAGCCAUUCAACUGGGUACCAAGCUCCGCGAUGUCGGCCAAACCCUAACCAUUUUCUUCUCCUCCCAUACCCCCGACCUCCACCCGGCCUCCUUCCACCACAAAUUCCUCGACAUGAUCCUCCGCCGAUACAUCCUCCUCCUCCACCUCCCAUUCAUGCGCGAAGCACCCACCAACCCCCAGUAUCAUUUCUCCCGCAAAGUCUGCCUCGAAUCCGCCAUGAUCAUCGCAUCCUACGCCAGCACCCUGACUCUUCCCGCCACCACCGACCUCGACGCCUUCGCCCGGCUCCUCAUCGCCGGCCGCGGCUCGUUCCGCGGCCCCUUAAGUCUGGAACUCUUCUCCAUCCUCGGACUAGAAGCGAUCACCCAACUCGACGAGUCCCCUCCGCUAUCGCCCGCCUCCGCCUCCACAGCAAUGGCCACAAACCCCUUGGCCGAGCUCGCCCGCGCGACCCGGGCUCCCCUGAUCAAAACCCUCGAGCACAUCCGCGACCAGAUCUUCCAGAUCGUCCGCCUCGGCACCCCGAGCCUCAAACGCUGCAUCGUCCUCUCGGCGAUGCUGGCGCAGAUCCGCGCCAUGGAGACGGGCGAGUCCGUCGAGGACGCCGUCGGCGCGUCGCUGGUCCUCAGCCUGAAGGAGUGCUAUGCGGCGCUGCAGAGCUUUGCGGCGACGUCGCACGGCGACGGGGACGUUGCGGGUAUGACGACGGGGACAACGACGGUGGGGUCGAGCUCAGGCAGUCCGUCGGGGUUGGCGGGGUUGGAGUUCAAUGCUGUAAGUUGUUUUGGUUCUUGCUUGCUUGGUGAGAGAGAGGGCGGGGGUAGAGGGCAAGGCUGGGUUUGUGAAGCCAGAGCUAAUUGUGGGGUUUCGGGUAGGACCUUGAUCUUGAUAUCACGAGUUUGUUCUAUGCGUCUGGGUUGGGGGAUCUGGGGGAUCUUGGGUUCUAGGGACUGUUCGGAUACUCGAACAUUCGAUGUAGGGUUAGGGGAGGAAGGCCCCAAAACGGAAGGGCUGUUGCUCCACAGGCUGGGGCGGGAACGAGCUGACCUUUUCUGAAAGCAAGA